CCACACCCAACAUGAAAAUACAUACAUAAACUAAACUACAAAACAGAAACUGGGAUUUGAAUAAUCCCUUCAUCGAUCGAUCAAAGUCCUUUUUUUGUUCUUUUCUUUUCUUUUCUCAUCACAACACUUUCCAAACACAAAUAACAACUAUGGUUAUUGUUCCUUUCGAAAAGGAAUACUUGGAUGUGGUUUUGGUACCAACUGGGCUUCUGAUAAUGUUCCUUUACCACCUCUUUCUUCUUUACAGAUACCUUAAUCAACCUCUCACCACAGUCUUGGGCUAUGAGAAUCGUGACAAGAGAAUUUGGGUCGACAAAGUCAUUCAGGCUGAUGACAAAACUGAAGUACAAUCAGCUCUGACGGUAGUGGCAUCAAACAUAACUGAGGCGACAUACAUGUCAACACUUUCUUUGACACUAUGUUCUCUUAUCGGAACAUGGGUGGCGAACUCGUCUUCGAACAAACUCGUCCCCAAUGAGAUCAUCUAUGGCAACACAAAAUCAACUAUACUUUCCAUUAAGUAUAUUUGUCUCAUAACAAGUUUUCUCUUGGCAUUUUCGUUCUUUGUUCAAUCAGCUAGGCACUUCGUUCAUGCAAAUUACCUAAUCAGCACGCCCGGACAGGGCCUCCACUUGAAAAACAAAGUGGAGGCCGCCGUGACCAGAGGCGGCGAGUUCUGGUCAAUCGGUCUUAGGGCUUUGUAUAUUGCUCUUACUUUGUUGCUAUGGUUUUUUGGGCCUAUUCCCAUGGUGGUUUCGUCUAUUCUUAUGGUGAUAAUGUUGUAUUAUCAUGACUUUAAGAAGGUUGAUGAUGAAAAGGAGUGGUGAGACUUAAUUAAUAAUCAAUACAUGUUGUAAUAAUGUAUGUUUAUCAAAAAUUACGAUCAAGUAUGAUUAGAAUGGUAUACAUAUCAUCUUUUUGUUA